ACACACAGAGAGCCGCAUCCUCCGCCCCUUCGGCCACCAUAUCCUUGCUGGAGUCUCUGCAGCCACUCGACUGCCAUUGUGCCUCACGCCGUCAAGGACAAGCACCGCAUCGAGGCAGGUGAAGAAGUGUGUGUGUGCAAUCGCCGCCGGGUCACACUCACACUCUUUCCGCUUGAAGAAAACCAACCAACGACAAAAAAAAAUACGCGAAAGGUGCACCGCAUGAAGCGUUAUCUCUCUCUCUCUCUCUUCUGCUGCUGGUCGGUUUUCUUCGACUGAAAACGUGAACGGUUGCAGCGCAUGUAUGCUGCCUCGAAAGUGGAGUUCCCGUUGUACGAUGUUCACCUCACCAUAUGGGCGAAAAUGCGUCGAGGAGGGGAACGCCAUUCCGCCCCCCCCCCCGACCUCGCUAAGCCGCUGCCGUUCGUGGGCUACACCACGCUGGUGCUGUCGCUGAUCUUCAUGGGGUGGGCUGCCUACAACGCGUGCGCUUGCUUGGAAGAGGAGACGAUAAAAUACCACCACGCUUCGCCUAUCCUGAGCUCACGCUGGCACCUUGUUCUCUGGACGGCCAUCUCGCCGCACUUUUUUUUUCGUCUGCACUUAGGGCAGCUGGGUGGGAUGGAAGUUCUUCAAGCACAACUAGGUGGUCCCGUUCGCCUCCGUCUUUGGCUGUUGUGAAGGCGACGACGCAGCCGAUGGAUGAUCAAUGACUUCGAACGCCGUCUGCGUAUCUGCGUGUUGAUGCUCUACAGAAGUUCUCGUACUAAUUUUGCUUCGUUACAUUCCUCGACCUACCUCUUGACCUCCCUAGAGGGAACGCCUCCGUAUUGCAUCAGGGUCCACGUGGGCUCACUCUCUCUGUGUGUGCGUGGG